AUGAUCUACUACCACCACCUCAGAGACAGCUCACCUUAUGGCAUCUUGUCAAUCCUGUCCCUCAGCGAUAUUCUACAGGAGGAUCAACUCGACAGCGCCUUCUUCCAUGCUGCGCUGGCUUUGUCGGCCCUCGACAUUUCUCAGUCCAGACCUUCAGAGACUCUUGCCAGCAAAGCUGCGUUGCAAGCACUGGAUCACUUCGUUGCUGCCCUUGGCACCGUGCGAAUGGCGCAGCUGGAUGACGAAGGCGUCGCCACAGGAUGUCCAUCGAACCAAGAUAACGCCAUAUCAUGGCUAGCUACUGUCUUGUUACUUGCAAACUUCGAGUUGCAACGGGGGCAGAUGAAGCUCUGGUACAUUCACAGCAGAGCCGCAGUCACAUUCCUUUCGCAACAUCUCAACCGCGUACGAGAAUCACCCGUGGGGGAGUCUCUCAUCCGGUCCUUCUCCCGCAUCGCCGCUCUCCUAGAUAUUUUCGACCGAGCCUACUCCGUCAGAUACAGCAUUGCAUCACCAGACGUCUCAGACUCACUGACCUUGUCGCUUGUCAAUUCGCCCCAGUCAGCAGACAGGUUGUUGUACAUCUUGCCCCGAGUGAUCAAACUUGAGGAAGAAUGGAGGAGUAACCCACAGCAUGACCUACACUGGCGUAACCAAGCAGAAGAUCUAAUCCAAGAAUUGAAGGCGUGGAGGAACACAUUGGACGAUUAUGAUGUGCCGGCCUUGCACGAACACACAGCAAAUCCUUUCGAUGAGACCGCCGAAGGCCCUGGCAUUGCGAUUAAGCCUCUCAGUAUCCCUCGCGCGCGAGAGCCCGUCAAAGCAGCGACGACGUUCAUGCACUACUUGAUCUCUCUACUACGGCUAGAGACACGAUACCUCCCGGGUGCAGGACGAGAACUGCCGCCCAACGCGAAGAAGAUCAUCCUUCUCGUAUGCAGGUUAGCAGCCGGUGUCCCUUAUGCAUCCUGCGCCGCGGUCAACGCAUACGGGCAUGGCAUGCUUCCGGCAAUGAUGAAUGCGUAUUACAUGGCAGAAGACUUAGACCUGAAGACAUGGAUCAAGGACUGGAUCGCCGGGUUUCCGAGGGAUCGGGAGGGCAUCUGGAACGUCCGCCACGCCCACCGGGUGCUGCGAUACGUGGACGAGGAGUACACUCGCCGCGGCUCACGACACAAUUGGGAAAUUAUCAAAGUGCGCAUGGUUGACCUAGAGGAUGACGCCACUCCUGAAGACGACGAGGAAAGGGACCCCGAUCGGUUCUCGGUCGAGGUGUAUUCGAGGUGUAAGCGGGGGUGGAGCAUCGACUUUGUAGAAAUACCAUAA